CACCUCCACCUUCACCACCACACCUCGCCUGGCUUUCCGCAACGCUGCCUGCGCGACGACACCAGUGACCUGCUCCGCGCUUACCGCGCCCAGAAAGAGCUCGAUUUCGAGGACCCCUACAGCGGGCCCGGCUCCUCCCUGCUCAAGCUGCGCACCAUGUGCCGUCCGCACUACUCUGCGCCCGAGGAACUGGCCGAGAGGGCCCCCAAGGCUUUCUCCUCCUCGUCGUGCUGUGCCGCGCCUCCUGCCACCUGCGCACCUGGCUCCCCGCACCUCUUUCGCAGCCACAGCGAGCGCCGCCCAGCAAUACCACCCGAUGUGAAGUACAUCUCGCCAAAGCACCGGCUUAUCAAGGUCGAGAGCAGUGGUGGCAGCGAUGACGCAGGCAAGAAGCUCAACAAGGGCUCCAAGCAUCUGGCAACCUCUGUCCCCUCUGCCAUGAAAGAUAAAGUAUUGAUAGCUGAUGACUACUCAGAUCCAUUUGAUGCCAAAAGUGAGUUGAACAAAAAGGGAAAAGGGGAGAACACUGGCUAUAUGGAACCAUAUGAAGCCCAGAGAAUAAUGACUGAGUUUCAGAAGCAGGAAGGCAUGAAGUCGCAUCAGAAAAACAUGCAGCUCUAUGACAUGCCCUAUGAACCAGAAGGCAGGGGUAGUGAUGUGGAAUCCGAUUCUGAAGAUGUGGUGAGUCACUGUUUACGAGAAAGCAAAUUGCCACAGGAUGAUGACAGGCCUGCAGACGAGUAUGAUCAGCCAUGGGAGUGGAACAAAGUCACCAUCCCAGCUCUGGCAGCCCAGUUUAAUGGAAGUGAGAAACGGCAAGCAUCUCCUUCUCCCUCAAAUGACCAGCGCAGGCAGUUAAGAGCACCUGGAGGAGGCUUUAAACCUAUCAAACAUGGCAGUCCAGAAUUUUGUGGGAUCCUGGGAGAGAGAAUAGAUCCAACUAUUCAACUGGAAAAGCAGAUAUGGUAUCAUGGAGCAAUCAGUCGGACAGAUGCAGAAAAGCUGUUACGUUUGUGUAAAGAGUGUAGCUACCUUGUAAGAAAUAGUCAAACGAGCAAGCAUGACUAUUCUCUUUCACUGAAGAGCAGUCAAGGUUUUAUGCACAUGAAACUGAUGAAAACCAAAGAGAAAUACAUUCUGGGUCAGAACAGCCCUCCCUUCAACAGUGUUCCUGAAGUCAUCCACUACUACACCACAAAAAAGCUGCCUAUCAAAGGAGCAGAACACUUGUCUCUGCUCUACCCUGUGGCUGUGCAGACCCUCUAA